AUGGAGAUGCUAAAUCACACCAUGGUGACCCAUUUUAACAUUAAAGGGAUUUCUGAUGACCCUAGGGUGCAGGUUAUUAUCUUUAUCGUGGUUCUGUUCCUUUAUCUCAUCGCUCUUGGUGGUAAUAUGACCAUCUUUCUCCUGACCUGCCUGGAUCGUCAUCUUCACACUCCCAUGUACUUCUUCCUGGGUAAUCUGUCCAUCUUUGACAUGAUUUCUGCUACCAUAACUCUACAUUUUAUCCUUGUUUCUUUUAUAAAAGGUAAUGGAGCUAUUCCAUAUGUCACCUGUCUCACACAGACUUAUUUUUUUGGAUCUUUUAAUAAUAAUGAAUCUGUUCUUCUUACAGUGAUGAGCUUUGACCGUUUUGUAGCCAUCUGUAACCCCUUGCGCUAUACACCGAUCAUGAAUCAAAAAGUGUGUCUUUUGUUGGCCAUUUUCUGUUGGAUUAUAGGCUUUUUAGAAAACAUACCCAUUGUUAUUUUAUUGUCAGGAUUCUCCUGUUACAGAUCAAAUGUAAUUAAUCACUUCUUCUGUGACAUUGUGCCAAUCAUGAGACUGUCCUGCAGCAAUACUAAUAAUUUAGAGACCUUGUUCUUCUAUGAAGGGAUGAUUCUUUUUGGCCUCAUUCCCUUCCUUCUUAACUUCGUAUUCUAUUUUCUUAUUAUUAUUGCCAUACUGAAGAUCAGUUCAAGCAGUGGGAAACGUAAAGCCUUCUACACGUGUUCUUCUCACCUAACGGUUCUCCUUCUGCUCUACACAACCUUGGUCCUCCAAUACCAGAGGCCAAUCACUGAGGACAGCCUGGAUUAUAAUAAAUUCUUUGCUCUCUUUAACACGGCUGCUCUUCCCAUGUUAAACCCAUUUAUUUACAGCAUUAAAAAUAAAGAUGUCAAAUCAGCUUUUAGAAGAAGACUGAGAGAACUUAAAAAAUAG